AUGGAAAUUAUCAUUUUUAAUUCUAUUCAUGCAAUUGAAUAUAUCCUUGGAUGUAUUUCUAAUACAGCAUCAUAUCUUAGAUUAUGGGCUUUGUCAUUGGCACAUGCUCAAUUAGGAUCAGUCUUUUUGGAAAAUGUGUUUUAUUUAUUAAUGGAAAUGAAUAUCUUUAUUACAAUCUUUGUUGGAUUUGCUGUUUGGGCUUUGAUUACAUUGGCAAUUCUUAUUGGUAUGGAGUCAUUAUCUGCAUUCUUACAUACAUUGAGACUUCAUUGGAUUGAAUUCCAAAAUAAAUUCUACAUGGGAGAUGGUAUUCCUUUCAUCCCUCUACGUUUACCAAAACAACCUUUCCCACCAAAUAACUAA